AUGGCAAAUCGACCUCGAUCACUCGAUGCCCAUGUCUUCACUGUUGAGGAUCUCCAGGCGCUGGGUUCUAAAAAGCUCCCGAAAACGUAUCGUGAAUACUACAACGAAGGCGCCAUGGAUAUGAUAUCAUUACGCGACAACAUCGCCGCUUACGACCGGUAUCGAAUCCUGCCACGCGCUCUGCGAAACGUCCAAUGCGUCGAUACCUCGACGACCCUCUUUGGCUGUCAGGUCACCUUCCCGCUGGGCAUCAGUCCCUCGGCCAUGCACAAGCUCGCACAUCCCGAAGGGGAACUGGCAACGUCACGGGCGGCGGCCAACAUGAACGUCAGCAUGUGUUUGUCGUCGUACGCAACUACCUCGCUGGAAGACGUGGCGGCGCAGGGCCGCGGCAACCCGUACAUGAUGCAGAUCUGCGUGCUCAAGGACCGGAACAGGACCGCGCAGCUUUUGGAGAGGGCUGAAGGUCCGUAUUUGGCCAUUCGCCAUACAUACUUCUUGCUUCUUGCCCUCCAUUUCCCAAUCCUCUCCAACCCCACGGGAAAGAUAAGACAACUGCUGACAUGGGUCUCUGGAACAAAACCCCGUUCUCCCCGAACAGCGGCUGGCUACAAGGCCAUCUUUCUUUCAGUCGACGUCCCCGUCCUGGGCAGGCGUCUCAACGAGUUCCGCAACAACUUCACAUUACCCAACGACCUGAGUUUCCCCAAUAUCCUGUCUUCGGGCCACGACGAGUUUGCCAAGGAAGAAAGCUCGCAGGACUACGAUUCAAGUCUGGAAUGGGCAGAAAUCAUCCCCUGGUUGAAGGGGAAGACGAGGAUGCAAAUCUGGUUGAAAGGCAUCCUCAACCCGGCCGACGUCUUACUUGCCAUCGACCACGGCGUGGACGGUGUGCUGAUCUCCAACCAUGGCGGUCGCCAGCUCGACGGAGUCCCUGCCACCCUGGAUUGCCUGAGGGAGUGUGCGCGAGUGAGCCGGGGUCGAAUCCAGAUGGCUGUCGACGGGGGAAUCCGUCGCGGUUCAGACAUGUUCAAGGCCAUCGCACUCGGAGCGCAGCACUGUUUCGUCGGCAGGGUCCCGAUCUGGGGACUUGCAUACAACGGACAGCAGGGCGUCGAGCUGGGCUUGAAGCUUCUCUUGGACGAGUUUCGCACGACUAUGGCACUUGCAGGGUACUUGUGA